AUGCUACAGAGUAUUGCCGGACUGAGAGUCGUGGUAUCAAGUGUCGCCUUGGAUGUGUCCCACGCUGCAGCGCCAUACAAUGCAGUCAACCCAGCUUGGCCAGACCCCGCCACGUCCGUAGGUGAUUUCUUUCCUUCGCUCUUUGAUGAAAUUAAGUGCCUGUUUGACAUUCAGGAUCAACCAUUGAUGACUGACGACCUCAUACCUCGCCUCGCCACCAUUAGUCCUGGAAGUGGAGCCUACCACAACGCGGGGGAUCGGAAGCAACCAGAUUGGCAAUCAACCUUUUAUAGCUGCAAAUAUCCAGCACCAGUCGCCGUGAAACAGGACUAUGACCCUGAUCAGCGUUUCUAUGCGCACGCAGCGGUUGGGAGCGAGGAUUAG